UCCUGUUUCCGGUUCCCUGCUUCCUGUCUAGGAGCAUAAGUAUAAUUAACAUGCACAGUGAGGAAGAGGGGGCGGGACUACUUCAGCCUCUCGGCCAAUCACGAUAUGACAGCAUGCAGGAACAGUACACCAAUCACCAGGAGGAGGAGGAAUGGCAAGACGACCUAGCCCGGUGGAAGAGUCGUCGCCGCAGUGCUUCUCAGGAUCUGAUCAGGAAGGAGGAGGAGAGGAAGCGGAUGGAGAGGAUGAUGAAGGAGGAGGAGAGAGGCCACACCCAGAAGAAGAAGAACAUCAAGACGUACAGAGAGAUCGUAGAGGACAAAGAGCGUAGGGAGGCGGAGCUGUGUGAUGCGUACAGGAGGGCGGGCUCUAAAGCGGAAGCUGCCAUGGUUCUCCAGCGUUACGCUCUCCGCUUCACCAUCAGUGAUUCAACGCUGGACAGUCUGCAGCUACCUAGAACCAUUACUACUGACCAGAACCCUGAGUCUAGAACACCUGCUACCAACCAGAACCCUGAGUUUAGAACCACUACUACCAACCAAAACCCUGAGUCUAGAACACCUGCUACCAACCAGAACCCUGAGUUUAGAACCACUACUACCAACCAAAACCCUGAGUCUAGAACACCUGCUACCAACCAGAACCCUGAGUCUAGACCCAUUACUACCAACCAGAACCCUGAGUCUAGAACCAUUACUACCAACCAGAACCCUGAGUCUAGAACCAUUACUACUGACCAAAACCCAGAGUCUAAAACCAUUACUACUGACCAGAACCUUGAGUCUAGAACCAUUAGUACUGACCAGAACCCUAAGUCUAGAACCAUUACCUCUGACCAGAACCCUGAGUCUAGAACCAUUACUGCUGACCGGAACUCUGAGUCUAGAACCAUUACUACUGACCAGAACCCUAACCCUAGAACCAUUAUUACUAACCAGAACCCUGAGUCUAGAACCAUUACUGCUGACCAGAACCCUGAGUCUAGAACCAUUACCUCUGACCAGAACCCUGAGUCUAGAACCACUAGUACUGACCAGAACCCUGAGUCUAGAACCAUUACUGCUGACCGGAACCCUGAGUCUAGAACCAUUACUGCUGACCACAACCCCGAAUCUGACCCUGACAACCCAGAACGAGCUGGAAACGGACUAGAGGCCCUACAGACUGACACAAAGCAAGAGCCCCGAGCCCCCCCCAAAAAACAUAUCUCUGUCACACACACCCAACACACGCACACACAAAACCACUCCACACAAAGUCAGCACACACUCCCCCCUCCCAUCUCCCCCCCCUCGCGGCCCCUCCCUCUCCUAACAGCCGAGCCCUACUGCCAGCCACCACAGACACAGCCUGGACACAAGCCUGUUCAGGUAGAUGGUUUGGUGAGGGUGAAUGGAGAGACUCUCCCGUCCUCCCCGCCUUCCUCACCCCUUCAAUCCCCCUCCUCACCCAUUCACUCCCCCCAGCCAACCGAACACCCUGGUGCCAAUCAGAAGACACAGGUGUCGGCCGUCAGCGCCCUGAUUGGAGGGAGGAACUGUGUUGUCACGACGACCAUCGUGACGGAACUCACCCAGACUCACCUGCAGCCACGUCCGUUAGAUAUGCUCAGCAACACACAGGUGAACGGCUCCAUGGCAUUGUCAAGGAGAUCAGGGGAGGAGGCGGGGUCUGACUCUUCAUUGCUUAGCAACCAGAACACCUACUCAUCCUCGGUGACAGGAGGACUGGAGGGGAGCAGUGGGACGAUGGAGAGCCCCAUGUUGAACCUGGCUAAGCGUGUAGAUCACUGGGUGUGGAACCCUGAGGAUGAGAGGAGACGACAGGAGAAGUGGCAGCAGGAGCAGGAGAGAUUCCUACAGGAGCAGUACCUCAGGGAGCAGGAGAAACUGAAAGGGGAGUGGGAGAGAGCGCAGAGAGAGGUGGACGAGGAAGAACGAAGACACAGCGAAGAGGAGAAGAAGAUCCUGGAGGAGACGGCAACGGCCCUUUCUCAUCCACCUCCCACAGAGCUCGCUGUUCAGACAGAAGUGAUCGUUCCGGCACAACAGAUCUAUGCAUCAUGGGACUGUGAGUCAUCCAGGGGUCAGGAGACGUCUCUGGACCGCAACCAGCCCUGCGCCGUCAAGAGAUCAGGAUCGUAUGAGGGCCCACAUCCACCUUCAUCAUCCCCAUCAUCACCUCAACCGCCCUCCCCCAGCAGGUGUGUGAGUGGUAAGCGUCAGUGUUCAGGUUGCAAUCAGGCGCUGGGGAAAGGAACAGCUAUGAACAUCGACACGCUGGGCCUGUACUUCCACCUAACCUGCUUUAAGUGUGGAGUGUGUAAGGUACAGCUAGGUGACACCAGUUCAGGAACAGACGUUAGGAUCCGUAACGGGCUGCUGAGCUGUCACGACUGCUAUGCCACAUCACACGCAGUUGGCCAGCCGACUACGCUGUGAUUGGCUACAGCCUGCAUCUGGAACCCUUCACAACAUUCUGGAACGCUGUGGAAUUCUCU